UGUGAUUAAUCGUCAUGUUUUGUUUACUAUUUUUUGCAAACCCGUGACAACUCUUACUUUGACAGCCUGUCAUGUUUUGUUCGAAACGGUUGACGACAUGUCGUGGUGAACAUAAAAAAAUCAUGCACUCUUGGGAUACCGUUACACCGUUAGCUGAAUUUUAAUGUGCUGAUAUUUCCGGUUAUAUUUAAAGAAACUUUGUUACAAUGUAUUUAUGAAUAACCCUCUUACAUAAGAGAAGGUAUACUCAAAUUACAUUUAUAUUUUAUCGUGAAGUGGACACCUGGGUUAGAAUUUAGCUAGCUCCUGCAAAGUGGUCUGGUAAGUUAGCUAGCUAGCAAAUCUCAACAUUAACGUGUUGAUCUGGUUGUUUAAAAAAAAAAAAAAAACUUUACUAAUCGAGUGCAUUUAAUGCAAAUCAGAAAGGACAUGGCUACGUCAAUCUUAAUGCUCUCCUAUGGAGCAAGUAUUAGCUAGCUCUCAGCCAUCAUUAUAACUUGACACCUCAGGUUCACAACAAAGUCAAACUUCCCAAGUCAGCUAGCGUUAGCAAGGAUAACGUGAAGUUAAAGGCAUCAGUGGAGAUAGGCGGAUUAAUUAACUUAGUUGGUUAGGUCUGGCUGUCUGUUAGAAAUAAUAGAUGAGGUAAUCAAUACAGGGAGUUUUUAAAGUACGAUCAUCACGAUUAAACGACUUUGAUUAACGGUGAAAUGGCUGACGGUGACGAUGAUGUCCCCUUAAUUUUGACCUGGGACAACGACACAAACAGCGGUUUGCUGACGGACGACGCAUCUGAAAGACUCGAUGAAAAUGGAGGUGGUGGGUACGAUAUCAUGAAUAACACCACCAUGCCGAACCCAGGACUACCAGAUCCAAGCACCCAGGCUUCUAUGCAACAGAGCUGGGAGAUGAACUAUCAAGAAGCAGCAAUUUACCUGCAGGAGGGCGAGAACAACGACAAAUUCUUCACCCACCCGCAGAACCCACGGGCACUGAGUGCAUACCUGUUCGCCCACAACCACCUGUUCUACUUGAUGGAGCUGGUGACGGGGCUCCUCCUCAUGAUGCUGUCCCUGUCUGAGGCCCCCGCUGUGCCCUCCCUGCGUCUGGACGUAUAUGUGCAUGCAACUCUGGAGCUGCUCGCCCUUGUCAUGGUGGCGUUUGAGCUGUGCAUGAAGCUACGGUGGCUGGGCUUAAACACCUUCAUUCGGCACAAAAGGACCAUGGUUAAGACGUGUGUGCUGUUCAUCCAGUUCAUUGAGGCUAUAGUGGUUCUGGUCCGACAGACGUCUCACCUCAGGGUGACCCGGGCCCUCAGGCCCAUAUUCCUGGUGGACUGUCGGUACUGCGGAGCUGUGCGCAGAAACCUGCGGCAGAUAUUCCAGUCUCUUCCUCCUUUUAUUGAUAUUUUGGUGCUCCUUCUGUUCUUCAUGGUCAUCUUCGCCAUUCUUGGUUUCUUUCUGUUCUCGUCUAAUCCAGCGGAUCUAUAUUUUAACACCUUAGAGAACAGCAUUGUGAGUUUAUUCGUCUUACUCACAACUGCCAAUUUCCCAGAUGUCAUGAUGCCCUCUUAUUCACGGAAUCGCUGGUCUUGUGUGUUCUUCAUAGUGUAUCUCUCCAUUGAGCUGUACUUCAUCAUGAACUUGCUCCUGGCUGUGGUCUUUGACACGUUCAACGGUGUUGAGAAGAUGAAGUUCAAAUCCCUGCUCCUCCACAAGAGGUCUGCUAUUGACCAUGCCUUCCAGCUCCUCGUGCGUCGACAGAGACCGGAUGGAGUGACUCUGAAGCAGUUUGAUGAUACUGAUAUUGUGAUCCCACAGAGACCGGAUGGAGUGACUCUGAAGCAGUUUGAUGGACUCAUGCGCCACUAUCGCCCUCGGAUGAGUGCCCGGGACCGCUUCCUGACGUACAAAGCUCUCAACCAAUCAGUAACUGACAUGUUGAGUUUGCAAGACUUUUAUAAGUUCUACGAAGUGAUUGGUCUUAAAUGGAAGGCUCGACGGAGUGGGGAGCAUUGGUUUGAUGAUCUACCACACACUGCUUUCCUCAUUUUUAAAGGGAUAAACCUCCUGGUAAAAUCCAAGACUUUCCAAUAUGCCAUGUACAUCGUUGUUGCUGUUAAUGGGAUAUGGAUACUGGUCGAGACUACAGUAUGGAACAGUGACGUGUCAUGGUCCAGAUUUGUCCCGUGGAGUUAUGUUGUCUUCCUUACAAUCUACGGCGUGGAGGUGAUGUUGAAGAUCACAGGUCUUGGACCACUGGCUUACUUCAGCUCAGGAUGGAACUUGUUUGAUUUCUCAGUAACUGUGUUGGCAUUUCUGGGCUUGAUUGCUCUGGCCUUCAACAUGGAGCCCUUCUACUUCAUUGUGGUUCUCAGGCCUCUUCAGCUUCUGAGAUUAUUCAAAAUCAAACAGAGGUAUCGCAAUGUUUUGGAUACCAUGUUUGAGCUUUUUCCACGUAUGGCAAGUCUUGGCCUCACCCUCAUCAUUUUCUACUACUCGUUUGCUAUUGUUGGGAUGGAGUUUUUUGCCGACGUGGUCUACCCUAACUGCUGCAACACCAGUACUGUGGCUGAUGCCUAUCGCCAAAUCAACGUCACCAUUGGCAACAGGACAGUCCUGCAGGAGGGAUACUAUUAUCUCAACAACUUCAACAAUAUUUUGAGUAGCUUUGUGACACUGUUUGAAUUGACCGUUGUCAACAACUGGUACAUCACCAUGGAAGGAGUGACCUCUCAAACAACCCACUGGAGUAGACUCUUCUUCAUGACAUUCUACAUCGUCACCAUGGUUGUGAUGACGAUUAUUGUGGCCUUUAUACUCGACGCAUUUGUCUUCAGAAUGAAUUACAGUCGCAAGAACAAACAGGAAGAGGCCCUCGAGGACCCAGAAGGUGAGAAGGGGAUCGUGUUUGAGGCGGAGGUGAGCCGCGCAGAGGCUCUGCAGACCCUGGAGUUCUACAAACACACUCCGGCCAACUCCAGCCUCAGCUCCCUGCACCAGGUGUGUGUGCUCAUGGAGCGCAGCGGGCAUUCCUCUAUAGUUUUCCUUGGACGACGGUCACGCACCAAGAGUGAUCUCAGUAUGAAGAUGUACCAGGAAGAGAUUGAGGAAUGGUAUGCAGAGUACUCCAGAGGCAAUCUACCUCAUCUGGGUGAAUCCCCAGAGAGUGACCUGGACUGUCCCGUUAUCACCCAGCACAGCACCAACUAGCCAUGCCUUCAGCUCACACCAACACCUUUUACCAAACGGAGCACUCCAUGGACCAGGAGACAGAGUGUUAUCACACCAUAUUCAAUGGAUAUUUACAAAUCACUCAAUACCAUCCUGUUGACAGAGUUACACCCCCCCCCCCCCCGCCCCUCACUCUCUAAGGCGUUGGAAGGACCAGGAGAGCUCAGAGACCGAUCGUGUGGUUGCACAUUUCAGGAACCUAUUUCAAAAACUAGUUUAUGAAUCCAACAGUGCUGCAGGAAUGGCGAGAGCGAAGAUUUGGAUCACAAAUCCAGUUGGCUUCCCAGAUGGGCUGUAAAGCUAUCAAAGCUAGGGUGUCUCCUUGCCUUCUCUAUGUGUUUUAGCAUCAUAGCUCUGUCCCUGUUGCCAGCAACUACGGUGUCAUGUCUCAUGAAAGCAUAUGAAAGUACGUUCUUAAAAGCAACUACAGGACCUUGGCUGCGACCACUCUGCUGCUGCGGCAGUGGUACAGAACAGUGUAUCAAGCAAAGUCGUGCUUCCUGACAUUUAUUUUGUCAUACUCCUCCUUACCCUCAUUUACCAGACUACCACUUGCUCCUUGUUUUAAUCAAACCUCUAUUGAGGUGCCAUAGCUUUAUGAUCCUAUGGGAUCAUGUUAAUGUGUGUAAUGUUGUGUUUGGAUGCCCUUAAAUGUAUUUGCCUGAGGAUUAGUAGGCAUCCGGCCAGUAUGGGGUUUGUGAGUGUAAGACGGUCUUCUACACCACAUUGCACUGUAAUACUAGACUGUGCUCUUAUUCUCGCAUGGACUAUUCUGAAUGUCUUGCAUUUAAUUUCUUCCCUCGGUUCAACACUACUUGUGACAAUCAUGCUUCACUAGCUCAAAGCAUUUUUACUUUUCCCCCUCUCAAUCUUAGAUUCUGUUAAAUGAAUCAUUGGUUUGUUGCAUCAUUAAAACUUCAACCCCAAGACAUAUUGCAGAGCAUAUGGGCAGACAGUGUAAACACAGGUUACAUAUUUGUAGAUUUCUAUAUUCUUUUCUAUCUCUAUUUUUUUCAGUCAUUUUAACAAGCUGAAAUGUUUUAGAAAGACAUUUUAAAGUCAGUCCUUAUGGCAUUAUUGUGUUACACUCUAGUAUCAUACACAGCAGUCCUGAAAAAACUUCUAUUUUUGGAUGAAAUUUAACUCAACACUAGGUUAUGCACAGAGCAGUCGUAAUUCUUAAUACAUAGGCUGUUACUUGAACCUCAAAAAAUACAAAAUAUAAAUAUAUUAAUUUAAAGCCAGCUACAAAUGUAAACUACCCAGUUUCUUCUAUGCCGUUUCAGAAAAGCCUUUAAUAUUUUUUCUUUGGUCUAAAGCAAUUCCAAGUUAUAAUUAUACAGGUCAGUUUUCAUAGUCAGUGGCUGCUUUAGGAGCACUUAGGUUAAUACAGUAAACCAUCAUGGAUGGUUUUUGCUUGGGUAUGAAGAGGCUGUUCCAAAGCACAGGAUCUCCCCCUUGCCUCUGAGUGUCCGUAAUUCCUCAUCAUGGGGGUGUGGCCUGUGUAUGAUGCACAUUGAGGGUGGGAAUGGGAGUGGCUGUGGGAGCACAUGUGUGAUGUCACAAUGCAAUGGGAGUUCCAUGUGACUGUGAUGGAGUGUGAUGGUCUGAUUGUGAAGUCUAAUGUUUUCAUAUAAAUCACUGGGCCUCAUUCCUGAAACACAACAAUUUUAUAUAUAUUAUUGUUCAUUUAAUUUUAUUUUACAUCAGGAUAUAAUUUAAUUCGCCUUCUGCAGAUAUGCUGAUUUCACCAACAACUGUAUUCAUCAACAUAAACAAGUUCGCAGCGAUUUGGUGUUUACACAGUGUAGAUCAGGGGUACUCAAUUAUAAACCCAAAAGGUCCACUCGCCAAAUUUCCAUUCAGUCCA